AUGUCUCAAGCUUCCAAGCCCCGAGUUAUCCUCGGUCUCAUGACUUUUGGCCCCAACGAGAAUGACGGCGCCAGAAUCACCGAUCUUGACACUUUCAACAAGGCCCUUGACGUCCUGCAGGCUCGAGGCUAUAAUGAGGUUGACACGGCGCGAGUCUACGUUGGUGGUACCCAAGAAGACUUCACACGCCAGGCCAACUGGAAAAAGAGAGGCCUCACCUUGGCGACCAAGGUCAAGUACCCUGCGCAGCUUGGCGACAACACAGCCGAAAAGGUCGUCGAGUCCGUCGAGAAGAGCCUGAAGGAGCUAGACACUGAUUCCGUCGACAUUCUGUAUCUUCACAGGCCUGACCGUGGAGUCCCCUUUGCUGAAACCCUCGAGGCUGUUGACCGUCUCCACAAGGCCGGAAAAUUCAAAAAGCUGGGGGUCAGCAACUUUACAGCUUUUGAAGUAGCCGAGGUCGUCAUGACAUGCAAAUACAACGGCUGGAUCCGUCCCACCAUCUACCAGGGCAUGUAUAACGCCAUCACUCGAAACAUUGAGGCGGAGCUGUUUGUUGCAUGCCGUCGCUACGGCCUCGAUAUUGUCGUUUACAACCCUCUUGCGGGCGGCCUGUUCUCAGGAAAGAUCAAGUCCCAGGAUCUCCUCCCGGAAACUGGACGAUACUCCGGCAACACAGCCAUCGCAAACACCUACCGCAGCAGAUACUUCCGCGACAGCACCUUUGAAUCGCUGAAGGUUGUCGAGGAAGCUGCUGAAAAGGCAGGACUGACGCUGAUUGAGAUUGCCAUGCGAUGGGUUGUUCACCACUCUGGUCUCAAGAUCAAGGACGGAAACGAUGGUAUUAUCAUUGGUGUUUCCAGCAUCGCGCAACUGGAGAACAACCUGGACAACGCUGAGAAGGGCCCGCUACCCGAGGAGGUUGUGAAGGCGCUGGAUGAGGCGUGGGCGAUCUCCAAGGCGGAGUCCACCAACUACUGGCACGGCGACUUGGAAUACACAUAUGACCCUAUCAAGGUCUUGUUUGGUGAAGGAGCGAAAUAA